AUGUUUUUAUCUCUUCCUUUUUUUUUUUUCCUUUCAUUACUUUCCUCUUCCUCACUUGUCAUCUUUCUCCUUUUAUUUCUUCUGUUUUUUCUCUUUCCUUUCUUCUGUUUUUUCUCUUUGUUCUCUUUUGCUUUUUCUCUCUUCUCUCUUCUUUCUUUUGUUUUUUUCUUCUUUCUUUUGUUUUGUUUUUCUCUUCUUUCUUUUUUUCUCUCUUCUCUCUUUUGUCUCUCUCUCUUCUCUCUUUUGUCUCUCUCUCUCUCCUCUCUUUUGUCUCUCUCUCUCCUUUCUUUUUUUUCUCUCUCUCUCUCCUUUCUUUUGUUUUUCUCUUCUUUCUUUUGUUUUUCUCUCUUCCUUCUUUUCUCUCUCCUUUCUUUACUCUCUCUCUUCCUUUCUUUUCUCUCUCUCUUCCUUUUUUAUCUCUCGCUCUCCUUUUUUAUCUCUCGCUCUCCUUUCUUUUCUCUCUCUCUCCUUUCUUUUCUCUCUCUCUCUCCUUUCUUUUCUCUCUCUCUCUCCUUUCUUUCUCUCUCUCCUUUCUUUUCUCUCUCUCUCGUUUCUUCUGUCUCUCUCUCUCUCUCCUUUCUUCUGUCUCUCUCUCUUUUCUUUUCUCUCUCUCUCUCCUUUCUUUUGUCUCUCACCCUCUCUCUCCUUUCUUUCGUUUUUUCUCUCUCUUCUUUCUUUUGUUUUUUCUCUUUCCUUUCUUUUGUUUUUUUCUCUCUUUCCUUUCUUUUGUUUUUCUCUCUUUCCUUUCUUUUGUUUUUUCUCUCUUCUUUCUUUUGUUUCUCUCUCUCUUUCCUUUCUUUUGUUUUUUUUCUCUCUCUCCUUUCCUUGUUCCUCUCUCUCUUCUUUUUCUGUCACCCACCUUCUGUUUUUUCUUCUAUUUCCUCUCAUGUUUCUUUUUCUCUCCUAACUUCUGUUUUUUCUUCUCUCAUGUUUUCAUUCCAUUUCUUUUGCCUCUUUUUCUAUCUUUUUCUGUUUUCCUUAUAUAUUGUUUUGGACUUCUGUUUAUUUCUCUCUUUCCUUUUUUUUUUCUUUUUCCAUUUGUCUGUUUCUUUUCUUUCUUCUGUUUCUUUUCUCAUUUUCCUUUCUUCUGUUUCUUUUCCCUCUUUCCUUUCUUCUGUUUCUUUUCUCUCUUUCCUUCCUUCUGUUUCUUUUCUCUCUUUCCUUUCUUCUUUUUUCUUUUCUCUCUUUCCUUUCUUCUGUUUCUUUUCUCUCUUUCCUUUCUUCUUUUUUCCUUUCUCUCUUACCUUUCUUUUCUUUUUUCUUUUCUCUCUUUCCUUUCUUCUUUUUUCUUUCCAUCUUUCCUUCCUUCUGUUUCUUUUCUCUCUUUCCUUUCUUCUUUUUUUCUUUUCUCUCUUUCCUUUCUUCUUUUUUCUUUUCUCUCUUUCCUUCCUUCUGUUUCUUUUCUCUCUUUCCUUCCUUCUGUUUCUUUUCUCUCUUUCUGUUCACUGUUUCUUUUCUCUCUUUCCAUUUAUCUGUUUUCUUUCUCUCAUUUUCCUCCAAUUUCUUCUCUCCUCUCUUCUGCCACUUUUUCUCUUAGCAUUCCUCCUCUCUCUCUCUCUCUCUCUCUUUCUUUCUAUCUCUCUCUCUCUCUUUCUUCUUCUCUUUUUCAUUCUCGGCAUCUUUAAUCUUUUUUUCUUUUUCUCUCCUUCUUUCUUUCAUUCUUUCUUUCUUUCUUGUUCUUUUGUCUUUUAUACCUUCUCCUUGAGCUCUCUUUUCAAUCUCUCUCUCUCCCCCUUCUUUCUUUUUUCCUCUUUCAUUCCUCCUCUCUCUCUCUCUUUCUUUCUUUCUUUCUUUCUCUCUCUCUCUCUUUCUUCUUCUCUUUUUCAUCUUUAA